UGGUACUUGCUGGUACCGUGCUGCGAGCUGAGUGUGCUGAGUUUGGACAGUGUGCGGAGUCGACCUGGUACGAGCGGAUGGGAGGGCGAUGGCUUUGCACCCACCUAAUGUUAUCCAUCGUGCGACCGAACCCUGCUUUUCCUGCACGGCCGCCAAGACAAAAGCAAUCUUCGGAAAUGUCAGCCUCAUGGCGCGAGAACAAUACAAAGAAUUGCGUCGAGGACCCGAGUGCGACGGGUCAGUACGUCGAUCCUCACAGGGAUGCCGCCUUUGAGCUAGCCGGGCCGCAUUGUACCUACGCAUCGAGGAUCGGUGCCGAGCAGGCGCGCUGCGCACUGCGGCGCGAGCGGAUCGUCUUCCUAGGUGACAGCACGAUGCGCCAACUGUUUGCGGCCGUCGCGUGCAAACUCGACGGAUCGAAACGACCGCGUGUGAGGCAACCUGGGAAUUUACCGAAAAGGAGCGACGACGGCCGCUGGCCUUUGAAAUGGGUGGUAUAUAAGAAUAUGGUCGGAUCAAAUCAAUGCGAGCUCGAGGUCGUCGAGCCCAAGGGUACAGAGAAGCGACGCAAGGAGGUGCUACAGUUUACAUGGGACGUGCCUGGCGGCGACGACAUUCGCGCGUCGUUUCACUGGGCCGAACACGCCGACGACAUCGAACGCAUCGCCGCCAUGGGCGCCGCCGCUGUGCCCAAGGGCGACGCAAACGCAACGAUCGUGAUUGCGAAUGUCGGCCUCUACUACCCCGCUCGUGGUACUGAACUCUGCUCGAACAUCACAACAAGCAUCGAACGUGCGAUGAACGUCCUGUUGAACACGACGACGUUGGGGCGCGCGCGCGUGUUCUGGAUCGAAACUCAGACGCUACCGGAUCAAAACAGCCGCAAAUUCCUCACGGAGCACGUUGCCUGCUCGCCGUCGGACCGUCGGGAACAGACGAACGCCAUGCGUCCAAUCCGCGACGGCCGCGUGACGCUCGUCCGCACCCACGAUGUUCUUGCCAAGAACUGGCGGUUUAGCUCGGCCACGGAUCUUCAUCAGCAGUAUGCGAACGAAUACCGCGCUGACGUCUUAUUUAACCACAUUGGACCGCUGUCCUGCUUGAGGCCGCGUCAAGGGCGAAGCCUGUCGCACACCCCGGUGCCGGCGGAAUCACCUCACAGACUGACAAGCAUCGAGCCAAACAAAGGUCUCUUUGUCGGUAACGCGUCGCAAGGUUUAAAUUUGAGCAGCACGUCGGCCCUCGUCCGCAGGGCCUGGUGCAGGUCGCUGUCUCAAUGGUGCGCUGCGCCCGGCCAAUGGAGGUACGGCGAGCUGGGAGGCCGCUACAGUAUGCAUACACUGGACGUGUGGUGCAAAGGUCGGUCGGUCCAUCCGGCGCUCAGCUGCGGUGCGACCGAACGGUUCGAGUCAAAGCGAGAAGUCACUACGCACCCGCACGUUGCGCAAGCUCCCGGUUCCUUCGAAAGAAAAGAGAUGCUAUUUGUUCACAUUCCCAAGACCGGCGGAACGACAAUUGAGGCGGUUUUGAAGAUCCCGAAGAACCACGCGCUCGCCUUUGACCGCUUCCAGGAGCUGGAGAGGCCAACGACAUUCACGGUUGCGGUUGUUCGGAACCCGUGGGACCGCGCACUCUCAUGGUACCGCUUUUGCGUCGCAGGAGCAGGACCACCCCCACAUCCAGUCGCUCACUGCACAUUUGCUCGCAAGCUCAAUUUGGGCUUGCGAAAGAGCCCUGGGAAAAAAAGUGCGGCAGAAGCGAAUGCGCUGGUGGCAGAUGUGGUUGCGGCGUGGCUGAAGACAGUACUCACAGAAAGGCGCUACGCAAACCUCUGGGUCUCGACUCCUAUGAGCGUCUAUGUGACACAUCCCCUCACUGGCGAGUUUCUAGUUGAUGCCUUGUCCCCCCAUGUCUGCGUUACAGAAUCUGCUCUCGCCCACAGAGAAUACUUUAUCCGCAUCGCAGGCUCCGCCUUGAGCACAUCGCCGACGACCUCGAGGAGCUAUGCGCUAUCGUGGGCUGUGAUAGUCGCCAGAUACGCACCACUCACGCAAACCCCUCGAAGAACAAGACGAGCUCGAUUUUGAAAAUACAAAGCAGCUGGUUCAAGAGUGGCUCCGGUGCGCCCGCAUUUCUCAGUCGGCCCUACCAGGAGGUCCUCACGCGGGAAGCCCGGGCAACUAUUGACGACGUGUGGGGCGUCGACGCUGUCGUCUUUAAUUAUACCUUUGACUGACUCCGGCUUCUAACUCCGGCUGACUCGGAAUACUAGGUUGCAAAUUACUAGUCUAAAGGCUUGGUGUAUGUCCUUUUCCUUUAGGUUAUU